GACGUCGGAAGCCAAGCGAAGUUGUCACACUGCCCGCUGCUGGUGAGUGUUCAUUACUUACACCACUUAUGUACAAAGUAAGACUGUUUUAUGCAAACAUAGUGAAAACAAGGCUAUUACAUUUCUGCACUGUUGUCAACGAAAUACAUUUAUCAAAACAAUUGUGAUCACAGUGGGUAUCAACACAAGCGGGAACUAACCAUAGCAAGUAGUAAUGAAUAACAAAGCAGACAGUCGUGACAAAGUAAGAGCAUGGGACAAUCUGGCACAGGAAGUGUACCGGCUUCUCCUGUAGGAAGCACAGAAGAUAAUUGGCAGCAGGUGUGCAAUGCAAUGAAAUGGCAGGCAGGUGGCAGCAGAGCAGCAAUACAGAACAUGACAGAUUCAAACUGUUAAUGGCUUAUAAGCUGUUAUGUAUUGCAGCUCCAGUCCAUUUUUCUUGAGUUGAUUAAUGGCUGUUUUGAUACAGUCCUCAUCAAAAUCUUAAGACCAGUUGAAAAAUUACUAUAUACAUUUUGCACAUUUGGAUCUUAAUGAGGCUUUAAGUAGAGCUACAAUAUUAUGCAAAAGCAAGAAAGGGGAGUCAGACAUAAAAACAAAAAAAAAACAAAAAAACAUUUGGAAGUUUAAGUCAAAAUCUGCUCAAAAUGACAAUUUUCUGUCUGGCAUUCACACGGUCAUGCCCUCCUGUUGGCUAAAGCUAAGAAGUUUUCUCUUCUUAAAUGUGGUCGGAUCGUCAAGCUGCAUAAAUAUGUCAUUUCUGCUGAGGUUGGACGCAGUAAGACGUUAUUUUAAAUCUGACAUGGAUUGAUCAGAAAUUACUAUAUGUAUUGUUUCUUAUCAGCUGUAUGUGUACUGUGUAUGUGUGUAAGUGAUCCUUGAGACUAUAUUCUAUCAUUAUUUUUAAUCAGCUGUGGGAAGUGGGUAAUUCAUGCAAACAGGGAAAUAAUCUGUCAGCCUUGUUGACUGUAUGUUUCUCAAAACAUACGUUCAUGCGUUCAGUACCACAAGCAGUUUUCUAACUGACUUCAUAUCAGCCAAACCAGCUGAAGAGGACAAGAGAAACAAGAAAAAAAAACACCAUAAGUGACUGAUGCACGAUCGUGCCCGCUGUCUUGUCAAAUGCACCGUGUACAGUAUGUUAUGAGACAAGUUCAAGACAGCAAGAAGCAAAGGAAACAAAUCACUGCACAAACGGAAGUGUGCAAAGAAUGUUGGGAUAUGAUGGGCCACGAAGGUUGGUUUGAAUGCAGACUUCUUCUCAAUGGAGAAGAAGGACACAUUUGUGGGCGUGGUUUAACCAGAAAUGUGUUUAAAUUUAAGUCUGAAAUUGACAUGGAUUGAUGAUAAUUUAUUAUUAAUCAGCUAAAUGUGUACUGUGUAUGUGUGUUAGUGAUUUGUAAGACUUCAAUUAUUGAAAUGAUUGGAGCUAUUAUCGGAUAUGAAUACCAUGUCAUAAUUCCUCAUAUUGGCUCGUUAAUCAAAUAUUUAAGCUUUUGCUUUUAAUCUUUUGUUGAGGAAAAUUCCAGACCAUUACUUGUGUAAGCACCUGUAAUUACUCCGCUGAGAACUCCGUGACAACUUUGUCGUAAUUCAGGACAAGCUAGCAACCACAUCAACUGUAAGGAGCUAGCUAGCUAGCUAGCCUUGUAACAGCUGUAACGGGCUGUAACAACGAGUGGUGAGAGACAAUAUUCGCUAUAUCAACAAACAUUAAACAUCAAAGACAGUUGGAAAGGCAAGCUAACAGGCUAACAGACGGACGGUGUUGACACACGGUGUUGCCUAGCAACUGCAACAAUGCCUAGAACCAGGUACAUUGGAUCGAGGUGAACCUGUGAGCUCAUGUAGCUCGGGUCGAAGCACUCCGGACACAAUUAAAAACACGAGAAAGCCUUUAAUGAUCCGCCGCCGAAACCCGCUGAAAGCGAUCACUACCACCUGAUGACAAAGACAAAGACAAACAACCAUUCACACUCACAUUCAUACCUAUGGACAAUUUGGAGUCGCUAAUUAACCUAGCAUGUUUUUGGAAUGUGGGAGGAAACCGGAGUACCCGGAGAAAACCCACGCAUGCACGGGGAGAACAUGCAAACUCCACACAGAGAUGCCCGAUGGUGGAAUCGAACUGGGGUCUCCUAGCUGUGUAGCCUGUUCGCUAACCACUCAUCCACUGUGCAGCCCCCAUUUUUUCCCCCCAAAAAUGACUGAAGAAAUGACUGUCGUUAUUCCACAAAGAGGCAAUACAAUAAUAGUUGGCAACAAGUUGUCAAUCAUUCAUAUAAACUCCAGAAGCAUGUAUGAAAAAUUAUGACAACAACAAACAAUAUUUGAAGAGAGUAUGGAACUCAAAACAAUCCAUAACGAUGAGCCAAUUCAAGAACCAACACAAGCAGUUGAUGCUUGCUAAACACAAGGAUGAAGAGUCUUGAACCAAUCAUGUUGUGUCAUAUAUAUAUAUAUAUAUCACCAUUUUGACUGUUAUUAUGGUAACCAUUAUGUCAUUAUAUGGUUACAUCACUUUAUACUUCAGUUUGUGUUCAAGAAAACUAAAAAAAUACAUUAAAAAUAAUUAGGAAAGCAGGAAGUGAACAAAUGUAACAGUUACUGAUUGUAAAAGUACCAGAUGGAGGGGUAGGAUUUAAUAAGCUUUGCUUCUUCCUACUCCUUGUGGAACUGUGAACUGAUUACGUGAUGCAUUUAAUUGUAACCUGAUGCAUGUUCAAAUUACACCAUUGCCAUUACAAUUCCAAUUACCAUUAGUAAGUUGAGUUGUUCAAAGUUCAGAUACACACUACUCACACUGUCUGUUGCUGUUUCCAUCAGUUCAUCAUCACUUAUGAGAGAAAUGGAAAGUUCUAGUCACUAUUGGAAUCAUAUUGAGAUGUAUCUCACUCCAGCGAUGUACUUUUGGACUGACUGAGUCCAGGAAAUUGACUUCUAAUUUGUUUGAGUGCUUUUAAUGAAAUGCCUGACAUGGCUGUGGAAUUACUUUUCAGUUGCCGAUAAUUACGUUUAAUUAUAUAAGCUUUGGCACAAUAAGGAAAGCCAACCAAUCUGGUUUGGGCAGAAAGUUUGCAACAGUGUGUAUCUUCAACUUUGCUUUCACGUGGUAUAAUCCUGGCAUCUUGGCCACAUCUUUAACGCCAUCAGCAUCAAACACAUAACAUUGAAUUCCGACAGCGUGAGCCAUUAAUAAGAUGUUGGACCAGGCUGCAUAUCGUUAUGUUAAUCAGCGUCAAAGUCAAAGUGAGGGGUAUCAGGCAGCAAUGGGGGCAAAGAACAAGGUUGAGGGCAAAGAACUGGCUAGCUACAGUCAUCCUGUGUCCUCAAUUGAGUCUCUCCGCGAUUGGUACUUUCAAUUUAAUAGGAUUUAAUAGGACUGAUUAGUGGUGGGCUGAAACCGUUCAUUUCAGUGAAGCGGAUCGUUCAUUUAUUCAUUCAUUUUCUACCGCUUAUCCUCAUGAGGGUCGCGGGGGUGCUGGAGCCUAUCCCAGCUGACUUCGGGCGAGAGGCGGCGUACACCCUGGACUGGUGGCCAGCCAAUCACAGGGCACAUAUAGACAAACAACCAUUCACACUCACAUUCAUACCUAUGGACAAUUUGGAGUCGCUAAUUAACCUAGCAUGUUUUUGGAAUGUGGGAGGAAACCGGAGUACCCGGAGAAAACCCACGCAUGCACGGGAAGAACAUGCGAGGGUGGAGUUGAACUCGGGUCUCCUAGCUGUGAGGUCUGCGCGCUAACCACUCGAACACAAUGCAGCCCCUCAUUCUGGUUCAUUCAGUAAAAAGAUCCGUUCAUUUCGGUCAAUUGAUCGUUAGCGUGUGAUCUUCCCCUGUGCAUUGAGUCGAUUAGCUGUGUCGAGUCAGUUCGUUCACUCAUGUUCACGUUCGUUCCGACUAAACAGCGCAACAACACGUGAUGACUAGUGGUGUGUCGGUCAUGAACAAACAGGUCAAAAGAACUAGUUAUUUUUUGUGAACGGAAUGAACAAGAUCACCGAAAGUGUCGGUCAAUCUCUCGGUCUCAGUUUUUCAGUCAGCAAACCCCACCCACCCACAGAGCGAGGCGGUAUGAUAGGAUAGGACAGGCAAGCACGCAGAUAGUCCCACCCGGCAAAAGGAACGGUGAACUGACUCUCGAGCCAAUAAAAAAAAAGCAAUACAACUGAACGGGUAUUUUAGGGGUGGUGACCUUGUUCAUUCCGUUAACAAAAAAGAACUAGUUCUUUUGACUCGUUCGUUCAUGACCGACACCACUAGGACUGAGGGCAACCAAUCCAGGCUGGGAUAGGCUCCAGCAUACCCCAGCAACCCCAGUGAGGAUAAGCGGCAUAGAAAAUGGAUUGUAUGGAUGAUCUUGAGAGUGAAAUAUCAUGUGAGUAGUCGUAGCGUAGUGUAACUAGGAUUAGGCAUAGAGCAUCAAUUGGAACCGGUUCUGACAUUCCGAUUCUCCCGAAACCGUUCAUUUUUUUCGUUCGGUGAUUCAGCAGGAAGCCGAAUCGUUUGUGUUCAUCCAUCUCAACCACGGACAGUGCGACGGCACUUGCUGGUUCUGCUGAAGUAGUGUCAAAAAUGAGGAUUGUCCAAAGAAGGAUGCAUCCAUCACAGGAUUUAACACCUCCGGAUUUGCGGUUUAUUGCCCCGUUUACAUCGUGCUACACUGGACUUUUCACGCCAUUUUUGACUGCCGGACUUCUUUCACCCAAUCAGGUAAGCAAAACAAUAAAUGAGGUGGAUCUUAUGCCAGCAGUGAAGAAGUAAAGAAAUGAUACUUUAUACUGUGAAUACGCCGGCCAAUUCGAAUAUCUAGCUAACUAAUGCUGUGUACUUUACCUGAUGUUAAUGCUAGCUUUAGCCAGGAAGUUGACAAGACCGCGUGUUACUCUAUUCACUUUACUUGUUUACUAUGGUGAAGUUAGUUUUUCCACAUUGGUCGUUCAUCUCUGUCGUUGUUAAUUUCAAGUUGGCACUCGGCAAUAUGGUUCCCUAGCAACAGUGGCUCUGGGGCUGUACCAGCUCUUGCCGCAGAUCAACACAUGCUUUCACUUUUAAGUCCCCAAACACCAGAAUAGUAGCUACAUUUUGUCGGCGAGAGGAUUUGGCGACAAAGGAAGCCUAAUGUCAUCCAUCCAUCCAUUUUCCUCCGCUUAUCCGGGUCCGGGUCGCGGGGGCAGCAGUCUCCCAGUCCCCGGCCACCUCCUCCAGCUCCACCAGGAGGACACCAAGGCGUUCCCAGGCCAGCUGUGAGACAUAAUCCCUCCAGCGUGUCCUAGGUCUGCCCUGGGACCUUUUCCCGGCUGGGCAUGCCCGGAACACCUCACCAGGGAGGCCUAGAUGCCCGAGCCACCUCAACUGACUCCUCUCGAUGUGAAGGAGAAGCGGCUCUACUCUGAGCCCCUCCCGGAUGGCUGAGCUCCUCACCCCAACCCUAUGAAACCAAGAGGAGGAACCGUACCUCGCUCGGAUUUGGGAUACCGGAGCGUCACCCUGGAGCCAGGCCCGGGUGAGGGACUCACAGGCGAGCGUCUGGUGGUCGGGCCUUCACCCACACGGGAUCUCCACCUCGUAGACCCACCACCUACGGGGGCAACCAUGCCUGGGCGACCUGGUCUUCGGCGGCCUAAGAUCUUUAUCCAUUUAAAAAAUCAGAUGAUAUAAAAAAAACCCAGUAAAGUAUCAGCGAUACUAACCCAGUAUUCAUUUAGUAUCGAUUUGAUAUCAAAAUUUGUCAUCUCGCCCAUCUCCGGUAUCCACCUGCCCGCUUUUGGUGGUCCUGAGGAGAAUACUUCCUGGAAAAUUCCGAGUUUAUUUCACCUGUUACUGCCUGUCUUUUAUCCCGACUCCACACAAGGUUUAAACAAAGUUUAAGAAAACAAUGCUCUGUUUUUUAUUGUGUGCGUGUGAAAGUGACUUGACGAUAAUAGGCUAAUUAACAACGAAUGACUUGUAUGAGCUUUUUAUGGCUUUUCGAAUCGCCAAGUUUCUGUGGCGAAAACAGGUGUUGCAUAAUUGGCAUACAGAACAUUCCAGGGUUGGGUCAAGCUAGCAGAUAAAAGGAUGGCUCGUCGUCGUCCUCGGCAUCGAGCAUCAACACUGCAAAGGUAACGUGACACAGCUUUGCAUCUUUAUUUUCUUACUAGGUUUCAUGUGAUACUUUUAAUAUAACAGUAUUUGUUUAUCAUUGCAUAGAUGGCAUUUUCUCUUCGCACGUUCUUCCUCCUUUGUGGGGUCAGCGGACUGUUGACCGGAUCCUGGUCUUUGCCGAGCAAAAAGGAUGGUUGCUGUCCUGAGAAGUGGACUCUGUUGGAUGAUCACUGUUACGUCUUCAAAAAUGAUCCAAGGACCUUUGCAGAUGCAGAGAGCGUCUGCAACCUUCUUGGUGGGAACCUGGCCUCAAUCACUAGCGCCCUGAAAAACGUUGUCGUUUAUGAAAUGCUUUUGGAGUCAGAAGAAUUGGAGGCCUGGAUCGGACUCACUGAUGCCGUCGAGGAUGGUGAGUAUUUUUGGGUGGAUGGCAAACCCUUUGACUUCAGCAACUUUGUGUCAGUGCCUGGCACGGAAAAUUGUGGAUACAUCGGACCUGAUGGUGAAUGGGAUACUGAAUCCUGUACUGCUGAGGAGCCAUAUUUUUGCAUCAGAGACUCCGAAUGUAGCAAGCACUAAUCGUGCCUUCUACUUUCCUAUCAUAGAGAAUAAUGUCUUUCACCAAUCACAACGACUUAAUGACUUCAUGUCAUAAUUUAGUGGUGUCUUUGUAUCUCGGGGUUUUACUGUCAAGUCUUCUUUUCGACUUCUUCUGUGCUGUUUCGUUUGUGAUUUUUCGUCAAGCACAUUUAAAACUGAAAAGAUCUUCUGUUUUACCAAAUAAAGGAACCUGUCUGCAUCAAAAUAUGUCUUUGUGUCUUUAUUUUCGACACACUCAAUUCCAAAGUUGUGCAUUGCUUGAACAUAGAACACUUGUGUCUUGUUUUGCUCCGUGGUAUGAGUAUUUUGAAAUCUCACUCGGUCAUGUAACACGCUUAACAAAAGGGCGGCAUCAAGCAUUCUGCAUUCAUGGCUGGUGUCAAUACGUUGCCGUAUGCACCUUGCGAUCUUUCAUCAUUCCAUUUUCUGUACCACUUAUCGUCACGCAUGCUGGAGCCUAUUGCAGCUGUCAAAACUGGUCGCCAGCCAAUCACUGGGCACAUAUAGACAACAAUAAUACCUUGCAAUCUUACACUUGUUUAAUAAAAUACACAGUAUUUUCAACAAGACAGAGGGCACGAUUGUGCAUCUGUCACUGACUGUGUUUUUUUUGUCUUCUUGUUUGGGGUGGUGGUAGUACUGCUGCUUGUAGUACUGAACGCGGUGACUCUAUAUCACCAGCUACCACCCCAAACAAGCAGAUGAGCAACAAGCAAAAAACGUCAGUGACUGAUGCCUGUCGACUUAAAAAAUGUAGUUCAUUUGAAGUAGACGACUAUGAAGAAUAUUGAUAUUGUAAAAAUUCACAAAACACAGAGUGAAAUAUUUCAAUAAUAAUUUUUAUUAAUUUCUUAAUAGUUUUGUUGAUUACAGCUUACAGCUAAUACACGUCAAAAAUUCUGUAUUUGUAUUUCUGUAUUUAUUCUGUACAUCAAAUUUGAGUAUUAUUUGAGUGGGUCAAAAGUCCUGGUUUUUGCUAAUCAAAAUUCGGUUACCCUAUACCACGGGCAAUAAUAAAUCUUAACUCUGAACCUCCAACUUUAGCAUUUUUUUUUUACAAAACAAGUCUCACAAGGCAUGCUGGGAAAUUAAGCACUACCAGUGAUGCUGUGUAAGAGUAGGCAAAUGUUCUGAAUUGUUAUUUAUUAUGAUUGAGAAGAUUGGGUCAGUUGGACUUUUUUUUUUUUGAAUACUUGAAAACCUUUAAAUUAACGUUUAAAUUAGUACUAGUUUUGUUCUUUAAUAAGUGAACUUCACCAACGUAACUCUGCCGCCACGGAUGUUGUUGUUUUUCUUCUUCGGCGAUCAACCACCUUGCUCGAGACUUCCCCCCUGUGGCGGAACAGUGCCACUACAUCCCAACAGUUAUUGCAUUGGCUGCCUUGCGUGUUUGAAUGGUACACAAGCGUCUCGUGUUAGAGCUGUAAUUCCGGGUGCAUGCAGCAGAGGGCAGUGAUGUCUCUUGAGGGCUGACUACUUUUAGACUAUUUUGAUACCUUGGACAGCUCUAUAAAACGUUUUGUUAUUGCAUUGGCUGCAUGCAUGCUUCUCACUAGUACUGCUCCAACUCAUCAAAAGGUUCCCUGCUCAAACCAGCCAAACAAGAUAGCAUGCUAGUA